AUAUGAAUAGGAGAGGAGAAUUCACCUUGACAAAGGCUAUUAAGCGGAAAUGCUGGGGUUAAUUCUCAUUGCUGGCAAGUGUGUCCGAUGCUUGUGGUUUCUUUUUUUGCCUUGAUUUCACACAAAUUGUGAACAUGCCACGCAGAGGAAGAAAAGAGCAGGAGCCGGAACACAGCGAGCCCAAAUUAGCCAAGCGGGAUGAAGCCGACUCUAAAUCUCCUUUGGAUUUCUCAACCCCUGAAAAACUCUUUGAAAGUCUCAUCUCUCCGGUUACAAGCGAUGCAUUUUUCCGUGACUACUGGGAAACCAAAGUCCUGCUUCUCCAGGGAAGGGAUCCCGCGUUUACCGAUUACUUCCAGACCCUUUUCCGACUGUCAGACCUAAAGCACAUCGCCGGGGGUGGGAUUUACUACGAAAGGGACGUCAAUGUAUUCAAAUGCAGAGACGGCAAGAAAAUAGCGUUGCCAAGACACGGGAAAGCCACUUACCUGCAUCUCCUCAAAGACUUUGGCAGCGGGAAGGCCACUAUUCAGUUCCAUCAGCCCCAGAGGUUUAAUGAUGCCUUGUGGCACAUCAUGGAGAAGUUGGAGUGCUUCUUUGGUGCCUUGGUUGGAAGUAACGUUUACAUCACUCCCCAGGACUCCCAGGGCCUGCCUGCUCACUAUGAUGAUGUUGAGGUUUUUAUUCUUCAGCUAGAAGGGGAGAAACGCUGGCGCCUGUAUAAUCCUGUCGUCCCCUUGGCAAGAGAUUACAGUGUUGUUCCAGAGGAUCAGAUUGGAUCUCCAACGCAUGACUUUGUACUGAAGCCGGGUGAUUUGUUAUAUUUCCCCAGAGGAGUCAUUCAUCAGGCUCAGGCCCUUCCUGGUUCCUCCCACUCCACCCAUGUGACCAUCAGCACCUACCAGAACAACUCCUGGAGUGAUUACUUGCAGGAUCUUCUCCCUGGCAUAUUGUUUGACGCUGCAAAAGCAAAUAUAGACUUGCGAAGAGGUAUCCCACGGCAACAAAUCCUGAGCCUGGACACCCCCGGGGUUAUACAACAAAUCAGUUCUCUCCUAAACACGGUGGCUAAGGGGCUGGAGAGCCAUCGGCACAUACGCUCCUUCGAAAUGCUCCGAGAUUUCAUGGCAAGCAGACUGCCCCCCUUCUUGGAUAAUAAGGAACCAGGGCAAACGUCAGGCAUGCCCCCCAAGCUCAAUUCUACAGUCCAGCUGCUGUACCGGGAUUAUUCCUUUUUCACAGUAGACCACGUUGCGGAGGAAUCUAAUGCUGCGGCUGAACAAGUGGUUUACGUUUAUCACUCGCUGAAAAAUACCCGGGAGACACACAUGAUGGCAAUGCAGGAGGAAGACCGGCCUGUGACGGGCUUGCGUUUCCCUCUGCCGUAUGCGAACGCCUUAAAGCGAAUCUGGGAGUCGGAGUCAGUGAGCGUCGGGAAGUUGCCUCUGGAUCGGGACGAGGACAAAGAAAACUUGGCUCUGUCGCUUUGGACUGAAGGCUUGCUAGCCAUUGUACCAUGAGUGACUAGUCCUGCGACUCUCAGGAAUACUCUCUGCACACGGGUCACCCUCACCUUCAGCCUUAAACCUAUUAAACAUGGAAAAAGACUAAGGUAAUGCAUCUGGCACCAUACGAUGCACUUGGCACAUUCUCAGGAAAUACUUGUGCAAUGCCAAAUGCUUUACUGAAGUUUGCUCCAUCUGUAUUUCUAUGUAAAACCAAAUGAAUAUGAUGCAUAAUGUGUCUUUUUUUUAAGUUGUGUCUUUUCUUGAGAAUUAAAGGUACAAUAUGCCUUA